ACACACACACACACACACACAAAUGCCAUGAACACUCUACAGCCCUUAGAAGACACCAGGAGGAAGAUCAGCAACUAUUUGUUGGUUGAUGUUGUUUUUGUGCUUGCUGCAGCUGAGUCCUUCGUCUCUUGCUAGUGGAUGAACACAACAAUCAACUUCUUUACCUUUCACUGCUUCCUGAUCCAUCCAGUCUGCAGCUUCAUGGGACUUUCUGGGCUCUGGGUCGGACUGAAUGGAAGUCAGCAAAACCUAAAAUGAGAUUUAUCAAAUGGAAAAGCCCUAAACCUGAUCCAAACUUUAAAGAAGGAAAAGGAAGGGAGGGAAGGCACCUAAAUUGUUUUUUCUGCAGCUCAGUGAGUGUCAGACUGAGAUCGUGUCAGAAUGGUGAAAAGCCAAAGAAAUACCUCUAAGAAAAUGAUGAAGGAAGAGGAGAUGGAUGAAGCACCAACCCAAGAGGAGAAGGAAGAAGUGUCUACAUCCGAUGCUUCAACGUCAACCCAAAAGGUGAAAGAAGAGAGUGUGGAUAUAAGAUUUCAAGGAGAGCAGCGAAGGUUUGCAAGAACCAACAUCCCAGAUGCAGUGGAAAACACCAGCUGUCACUAAACAGAGACUUCUUCCCAGGCACCAUGACUCUGAAUAAGACACCAAGCAGAGCCGGGACCCACCUCUGGAUGCUGCUGUGCACCUUGCUCUGUACUCUGGUUCUGGUGAGAGGAUCCACUUUGAGCCUAGAGGACUCACAGCUCAGUGGCACGUCAGUGCCAGAGGACUGGGCCAGCACGACAGUCCCACUGCAACCAGAUCUGCAGACCGAAGCCCAGACGGAGGCUCUGACGGAGCUCCAGACUCAGAUCAUCACCAACAACUACACAGGUCUAUCCUGUAGCCCUGUCCUGCCACCCCGCCGUGGUUCCUUCUAUGUGGAGAGUGGCACCGGCGUAUCAAUCGGCAGCGUGUUAGCCUUCUGGUGCAGAGAAGGGUACCAGCUGGUUGGUAGUGGCAAGAUUUAUUGUGAUGUCAGGAGAGGCAAAGCACAAUGGAGCAACUACCUGCCUGUCUGUGAAGCGAUUCCCAGGCCAGAGGAUCGUGGUCUGAGAGUAGCCGUGUUGGCUUCUGUGGUGAGUGGCAUCGUGAUUUUUGCCAUGUCCCUGUCCUUCCUCGUCUGCUGCCUACAUGAGCGAUCCAGCAGAGGUCGUACCAAGAAAGAAGGAAGGAGAAGACGAAGAGAUAAGCGAGCAAGCCGUCGCAGUGAAUGUUGGCUGGAAACAGAAGAAGGGGAGUGGGAGGCCUUCCCUCCUCCCAAGAUCUUCCAUUUGUCUCAAAGGAUGAAUCCUCGUCUUGCUCCUGACAGCCCCCUCUACCUGACCGGGGGACUCAGUGGCUAUGAAAAUAGAGGAUACCAGAGGAGUCAGGAGAACUUGCUGAAGGCCUCUAUGCCUGGACUCUACCGAUCCGAGUCACAGCUCUACCCACAUGUCGUCCUACAGAGGGUCCCGACCCCAACGGCACCAUCUGCCCCUUCUGCUCCAUCUGCCCCCCUCUACCUCCACCUUCCCUCCGCGUCUUCUGCAGUGUCCUCACCGGCUCACACCACCACUCAGAGCCAGCCACGAAUGGUGGCACAGUACCCCACGCCCACGUACCCUCCCCACCCCAACACAGCUGUGCCCGCCUACUCCCACCAAACACCAGCGCCCAUUUAUCCCAACCCCAACCCACCUCCGCAGAGGCCGUGGCAGUAGCUUUGUUCUUCGUUCUUUUUUCCCCCGAGCACUGUGUCAUUUCAUCCUAAAGGAACACACUGAGAAACAACAUCUUGGGCACAUUUUGGAGAUGUGUGAAGUCGUUUUACUCUUUUUUUACUCCAGUUUUCUCCCACCAAACAGCAGAUAUACCUUCUCUAUAAUGCAGACAUGAAGGACAUGCAGCAAGUAUAAAGUACCCCCUUGUACUGCACAGUAAUGACCCAUUCCUGCCAUUGGGGCGCUACAGGAAGUUAACAGCUGCGAAUCCUGUCUUUCCACUGAACUGCAGCCGGCAAUGAUCAGAGAAAACUCUGCUUUUCUGUUUCAGACUGCUUCAUCAAGCCUGUGAGGAAAUGUGGAGGAGAUUGGGAUUUCAAUAAAAUUUGAUUCAUAAAUGAGAAUCUUGCCAUAGCAGCCAUGCUUAGGCAACUAUUAGCUAUGUUUGUUGUUUAAUUUAGAGAAAAUAUGAAAUAAAUGAAAUCCCAUCAGCUUCCUAUCAGGUCCAGUUGAUCUGAUGUAGCUUUAAGUUAACUGUCUGGUAUAUAUUUUAAUUCAAUAAGUUGAAUCUAACUCUAACAGAGCUGUGUGGGACUCUACGAGAGCCAUUUUUGUUAAUACAUUCUGAAUUUUCAGAUUUAGAGUUUAGCAAGUACACUGUGAAAAUCUCACUGUUGAAUCCCCUAAAGGAGUGGAUUUUGAACUGUAAGCAUUUAAUAAAGCAGUGAUUCUCCUAAACAGAAUUUCAUUUUCUCUCUGCUGAUAUGAAAUGAUGCCGAGCCCUUUUGAGUUCAACCCAGGGUCAGCUUGGGCAUGGGAGAGAAAUAGAUUUUUAAUAUUUGUGAUGUAACUAAUGUUUAAGUUGCCCACCCAAGCUUGAAUCAACUGUCCCCAAAGGAAAUUGCACUGUAAUGUUGAUGCAUUUAGGUAAAAUGUCUUAACUUGAAACACUUUUAGUUCUACUCAGAUUUGUAUAUUCAUUAAAAUGCAGAGUUUUGUUUUUAAUGGUGAGAUUUAAAUAAUAAAGCUGCUCUUUACAUUCUUUUCAGUUCAGCAUCUUGGGCGGGACAGUCUGGGAGAUGAAUUAUACUGAGAAGUGUUUGCUGUAUGAUCAUAGGUUUGCCAAUAAAGCUCAAUAAAGAGAGUUUUGCUUUUUUCAA